AUGGUCAGCUCCUGUUGUGGCUCUGUCUGCUCUGAGGAGGGCUGUGGCCAAGGCUGCUGCCAGCCCAGCUGCUGCCAGACCACCUGCUGCCAGACCACCUGCUGCAGGCCCACCUGCUGUAUGUCCAGCUGCUGCAGACCCAGCUGCUGUCAGUCUGUGUGCUGCCAGCCCACCUGUUGCCGCCCCAGCUGCUGCAUUUCUAGCUGCUGCAGGCCUUCCUGCUGCCGUCCCAGCUGCUGCGUGCCCAGCUGUUGCAGACCCAGCUGUUGCAGACCCAGCUGUUGCAGACCCCAGUGCUGUCAGUCUGUGUGCUGCCAGCCUACCUGUUGCCGCCCCAGCUGCUGUAUCUCUAGCUGCUGCAGGCCUUCCUGCUGCCGCCCCAGCUGCUGUAUCUCUAGCUGCUGCAGGCCUUCCUGCUGCCGCCCCAGCUGCUGUAUCUCUAGCUGCUGCAGGCCUUCCUGUUGCCGCCCCAGCUGCUGUGUGUCCAGCUGCUGCAGGCCCCAGUGCUGCAUUUCCAGCUGCUGCCGCCCCAUCUGUUGCCAAACUACCUGCUGCAGGACCACCUGCUGCCGCCCAGCAUGCUCUAGCUGUUCUUGCUGCUGA